UUCAUAUAAAAACCGAACAGUUGAUAUCUUUCCCUCCAAGGCAGAAUAUUCACCUCUAGCUCAACAGUCUCUGAAACUUCAAAAUUUUGCCUUCACAAACUCGCGAAUUCUGUACAAAAUCUGCAGCUCAUAGCUCUGCGCAUUGAGUUUUCUGCAAAAAUGGAAGAGUAUUUGCAGUGCAUGAAGACUCUUCGCACUCAAAUGAGUGAUGUGGAGGAUGAAGCAGUUAAGAUAACAGCCGAGGAGCAAAUGCAAAUCACUACACUGCAAAAUCUUGAAAAUGAAAUUAACUCAGUGAAAUGUCAGACAAGCCAACUCAGAGAGGAAAUUGCCAGGAUACUGGAGAAAAGGGGGCAGAUCUGUUCCAUGAUUUUGGAAAAACAAAGAAAAAUUGCUUCUUUAGGAGCUGAUUCUUCCACCCUCAACCAGACAUCAGAGCUCCUUCAACAAGAAAGAAACAACAUGUCAGCAAAACUUCUACAGAAAAGUGACUAUUAUGCUAAAACUGUUGAAGAAGUAACUGCUCAGCUAGGAGAACAACAGGGUUGGAUCAAAGAUUGCAAACAGAACUUGUGGGUUGGAGAUAAUGGCCAGGUGAUGGACAAAGUUGGUGAGAAAACUGGUGAAAUUGAAGAAAAUCAGGAUAAUUUGGCAGAAAUUCUAAAGAUGAAUUUGGCAGACGCUAAAACAAAGCUAAACCAGAUGAGUGAGCUGAAGUCCAAACUUGUCACAGAGAACAGCCAGGUAAGGAGAUCUAUUGAGCUUGUGAAGUCAAAAAUGAAUGAUUUCAAGGCACAACUCGGGGAUAUGGAUAGCAAAUCCUUGCAAGAGGAGUACCAAGCACUUCUCUCAGACAAAGCUGGAGAGGCAGAGUAUCUGCACUCUUUACAACUCCAGAUUGCAAAACUGAUGAUAAUUUCCCACAGUAUCAAAUGUUCUUGUGGAAAUGAGUUCAAGAUAGACAUGGAUCUUUGUGGAUGAAAAUGACCAGGGUCAGGCAAGUACUUCAACUAGCAAGUGGUGGAGUUUCUUCAUUACUUAUCAGGUAUGUAUGCAAAUAAUGGUCGAGAUAGUUUGAGAAAAAUGGGGAAGAUAAUGCAGGGAAGCUGUUGCAGUUGUUGAGAUGGCAUAAGAAUGUGGCUUGUACUUUGUUGCUGUAGCAUCUGUAUUCUAUGUAAAAGACAAUUUUAAAUGCUAGUAGAGUUCUGCUUGAAUGAAUAACAUACGCGCGACUGAACUUAA